AUGAUUAAUCGUGUAAAUUUCAUACUGACGGGCUUAUUGCUCAUUUUCACUCAUACAAAAGUCUACGGCGAUCUUCAACAAGGACUCGUAUCGGCAUACAAUACCGGAUGUCCAAAUGAUUUCACAAAAACGUGUAAUGUACAGUGUCCAAAUGGCAAUUAUUUACUUGACGACAAAGGUUGUCCAAUGUGUGCUUGUAUGCCGAGCGAACAAAAGCGAGUUGAGUCCUGUCCGCAAAUCAAAUGUCGUGCCAACUGCGGCACCGAUGGAUAUCAAAUGGAUGAAAACGGUUGUCAAACAUGUAAAUGCGUUAAAAAAGCCAAUGUACAAUGCUCACGUGUCAUGUGCCGAAUGUUCUGCCAAUAUGGUUUUAAACGUGAUGAAAAUGGAUGUGAAUAUUGUGCAUGUAAUAUACAACCUCAGCAAUGUCCUGCACUGAGCUGCCAACGUUCGUGCAGCAAAGGUUAUCGAAAAGAUUACAGCGGUUGUCCAACAUGUGACUGUGAUUGUCCACCAUUGAUUUGCCCGAGUACCAAUCAAUCUUGUUCAAACUACAAAAAAGAUGCCGAUGGGUGUACCACCUGUGUAUGUGAUGAUCAACAGGAUAAGAAUGUCGACAGAUGUCCAGUAUUAGACUGCAGUUUGGAUUGCCAACAUGGUUUACAACGAGAUGAAAACGGUUGUCGAUUAUGUUCAUGCAAUCGUUGUCCAUUACAAAUGUGCCGUAUGUUCUGUAUGUAUGGUUUUCGACGAAACGAAGAAGGUUGUGAAGUGUGUGAAUGUGACUGGACACCUGUUGCUGAGAAGAUUCAAUGCAGUGAGAGAUUUCCAUGUCAAGGAGCGCGUGUUUGUAAUUUGAAUUUGAAACUGUGUGAAGCAGUGAACCCGGACAGUAUUAACUGGUUCGUUUUUGAUUUUGAUGUCAAAUCCGAUCUAUUCCAAGAUCCACGAUUCGUGCAAGCGUUCAAGAAUGGUUUCAUCAACAAUGUUGCACAAAAAUAUGGUUUAGAACCCACGCAAAUAACUGUUUCAUCAGUUGAACAGAAUGGCUUAACUGCCUUUCAAAUUCUACCAUUCUUCGCCGAGAACAUGAUCGAAUUUCAGAAGAAAAUGGAUCAAAUCGAUAUUGACUUGAAUUCAUAUGAAUUCCGUUCAGUAUUACCAGCGGUUACGAAUACCAUCGAACCAGAUCAACAAAUAUACCCGCUACCUACACCACUUAACCGUUUCGCUGACAAAUUCAAGAACUUUACCUCUAAGAGCAUCAAAUUCACCAUCGGUACCCUUGUACUUCUACUUAUCGGAACUGUACUCAUCGGAAUAAUGUAUAUCCAUACUUGCCGUCGACGUAUGAAACAUCGAUCAGGAUCAAAAGUACCAAUUUGUGAUCCAAGCUAUCAACCAGCACCAACCGAAGAUGAUCAUUAUCACGCUGUACAUGCACCAGAUGAUUUUAAGAUAACGAUCGAUUUGAUUACCGAUAAUAAAGUUUUACGAGCUGGAAUUGACAAACGCCCUGGUCGUUUUACAACAGUUUCACGAGGAUUUAAAGAACUGCCUUCUUUGCUUAGUAUGUCGUUCGUAUCUUCUACUAACGUCGAGACAUCAUCACGAAUUCCAUCUGCUAACAAGAAGGAAAAUGAUGAACAAGCAACAGCAAAACCAUCAUCUCGACCAUCUUCGGCUGCACAGAAAACGGCAGCAGCUAUCGAUUCUGGUAUUUCAGCGAAUGUGCCUGCGCCCGCUCCUGGACAACAAGAACUCGAUUUAUCAACAAUAACUUCACCAGCGGAUGCACCACAGCACGAUGUAAUCCAAGAGACUGUUGACCAAGAACCUUCUGCACCACCAACUGAUCCUAGUUUGAAUUCAAUAGCCAGUACUGCGAAAAGUUCACGACCACCAUCGGCCAGACAGCCAGCAGAUGCUGUAAUUCUAGAUGAGUCGACAACUUCAGCUCAAACAGGAUCAAGACCACCAUCAGCUAGUGUAAAAACCGAUCAACUACGCGUACACGGAUAUACUUUGAACACAACGAGCUCGAGACCAUCAUCAGCUAGUCAAACGACAGACAUAACGACCUUAAGUGAAACGUUGAAUAGUGCGUUAACAACAAAUUCUCGACCUUCAUCAGCUAAACAGGCAAUAACGACUGAUCUGAGCUCUGCUCCCCAGACUAGCUUUAGACCUUCAUCAGCGAGACAAGUAGAGACGAAUGAUUCAGUCUCCGUUCCACAAACUAGUUCAAGGCCUUCGUCAGCAAAGCAAACGACAGUCAAUGAUCUGAACUCUUCUCCACAAGCCAUUUCGCGACCUUCAUCAGCAAAACAGGCGACAACGAAUGACCUGGACACUGUUCCGCAAGCUGGUUCAAGACCUCCGUCAGCUAGACAAUCUACAGCAAUCGAUCCAAAUUCUGCUUCACAGGUUGGAUCCAGACCCUCAUCAGCGAAACAGACACCAUCAAGUGACUCGAAUUCUGCUCUUGAGGGUACUUCAAGACCUUCAUCAACAAGACAAUCUACAGCGAACGAUCCAAACUCUGCUUCGCAGGCUGGAUCCAGACCUUCAUCAGCAAAACAGGCGACAACGAAUGACCUGAACUCUGUUCCGCAAACUAGUUCAAGACCUCCGUCAGCUAGACAAACUACAACAAUCGACCCAAACUCUGCUUCACAGGUUACAUCCAGACCCUCAUCAGCGAAACAGACACCACCAAGUGACUCGAAUUCUGCUCUUGAGGGUACUUCAAGACCUUCAUCAGCAAAACAGGCGACAACGAAUGACCUGAACUCUGUUCCGCAAACUAGUUCAAGACCUCCGUCAGCUAGACAAACUACAACAAUCGACCCAAACUCUGCUUCACAGGUUACAUCCAGACCCUCAUCAGCGAAACAGACACAACCAAGUGACUCGAAUUCUACUUCACAGAUUGGAUCCAGACCUUCAUCAGCAAAACAGGCGACAACGAAUGACCUCAACACUGUUCCGCAAGCUGGUUCAAGACCUCCGUCAGCCAGACAAUCUACAGCAAUCGAUCCAAAUUCUGGUUCACAGGUUGGAUCCAGACCUUCUUCGGCUAUCAAGAAUUCAAGACCGUCGUCAUCAACGCAACGAACGACUGAUACGAAUUCCUACGGCAUCAGUUCAGAAGUACAUACUAAUUCAGUUCUCUUCAAUGGCAGUGAAUCUGAUGUCACACAACCAAUUAUUGGACGUCCACCUUCAGCAGUGAAAACCCUCGCUACCGACAAAUCCAAUGUUGGAGCUACUAUUAUAGACUCCAUUUCUCCUCGUUUAUGUGAUGACAAUUCAUCAUAUGAAACAAAUCAUACAAUUCAACGCAUUGGCUCAGCUAGCAGAGUUUCGCAUAAUGAAGCGUAA